AAUUGAUCAAUUUUUUUACCCCGCAUUACCUUUCCGAUUAGGCGACAUGCAAGUGCCAUUAGCUCGUUAAGUGGGAGCUAUAUAUAUGGCAGGUGGGUGACUAAACCCAACCAAGUUGCCAAAAUGGGCUUCCACGUGGGACGACAGCUGCUGCUCUCCGGGCUCCUGCUGGUGAUGCUGCAAGUGGUGACCCAAUCGCAGGCCAGGCCACAGGACGUGAUCACGGUGGCCGAGGAGACAGAGGUGGUGAUCAAGCAGGAGGGUGAUGGUGAUGGAAAUGGCGAUGGCGAUGACGACGACUCCUCCUCCGAGGAAACGGUUGAGGAUUCGGACGAAAACAGACGCCGGCGACGGGAGGUGGACGCGGACAACACCCCCUCGGCUCGAGCGGGCAUUCCAGGUUUGCCAGACCCGGCCACCAUAAUCAAGAUCGCUGAGCUUUUUCAAUCCGUAGGCGAGCAAGUGGUCCCCAUUCUAUUGGAAGCCAUCCUGCCCAGCGUGGAUGAAGUGGGCGAUCGAUUCGCAAGGUCCCUGCACUUUCUGAAAAACUUUAACCCCGGUCUGGAUGCGUUUGCCACCGAAAAGAACGCAUAGCUCAGAAAAAUGAACAGUGACAGUAAUUGAAGGAACUGAAACGGAAAUUGUUUUGCUUUGUUUUCUGGAGAGUGUUUGGCCUACAAAUAGUGACUUAGAUUAGGGCAGUAGUUGGUUAUUCAGCUGAAAUAUAGCUUUGUUAAAGGAUUAAAAA